AUGUCGCCUUCACGGGGCCUUAUAUUUGCAAGGACGGUAUCCCGCGCGCACCAGCGACAAUUCCGGCGCUAUCAAAGUACUUUCAGAACCUUCUCGGGCUCGCAAAUACCGGUGCAAGUCUACAUCUCCAAAUCGAAUAAUCCGUACCUCAACCUCUCGCUCGAGCACCACCUCUUCCAGACUACUCCCCCCAAGAUUGCCACUCUUCUAAUAUACACCAAUAGUCCGUCCAUCGUCCUGGGACGGAAUCAGAACCCGUGGGUCGAGGUCAACCACCCGCAAUUCGCCUCGACCUUUAACCCUCCGCUCAUCGUGCGCCGUCGUUCUGGCGGUGGUACGGUCUUCCAUGAUCUGGGUAACGUGAACUACUCCGUCGCCAUGCCGACAUCCGCCUUUUGCCGUGACAAGCAUGCGGAAAUGGUCGUGCGUGCGCUGCGCAAGCUAGGUGUCGCAGAAGCGGUGGUGAACAAGCGGCACGACAUCGUGAUCUUGCCGGACGGGAUGACGGUGGAGGAAACGAGGUUGACUCGGGAGGUAGUGGGUACCAAGAAGGUUUCUGGGAGCGCUUAUAAGCUGACUACCCGCCGGUCGUACCAUCAUGGGACAAUGCUCUUGGAGAGUAGGUUGGAGGAUGUUAGGGGCUAUCUGAGGAGUGCUGCUAGGGAAUGGAUAAAGGCUAGGGGGGUGGAUAGUGUCAGGAGUAUGGUUGGGAAUGUGCGAAUUGAGGGGGGGAAGUUUGUGGGGGCUGUUGUCGAGGAGUUUGGGAGGAUGUAUGUUGGUGAGGAAGGGAUGGAGAUUCUUAAAGAUGCCAUGGCGAGUAGGAGGGAUAGGAUAGAUGGGGAAGUGGGGGUUUGUUGGGUUGGAGAAGAGGCGGGCGAGGUUGAAGAGGUACAAAAGGGGAUUGCGGAGUUGAUGGUGAGUUCUAGAGUUUAUGGGAGGGUUUUAUAUGCUGAGCUUGUGGUGUAG